AUGGAUAUACAAUUUGAUUAUAAUACCGACAAUAGUUUUAUUGGCCGACUUACAGAUGCAUCGAUAGCGAUUCUUCAAGAUACAGGAAAUUACAUUUGCAAUUGGUCAAUGGCAAGACCAUUAGUUUGGGGUAAUCCAGAAUCACAAAUUGGUGGCAAGCCAAUUAAAGACUUUGCCCUUGGUCCUCCUCAACUUGUUUUUCCAAAACGAUAUCUUUAUUACUCAAAUUCAGUUUUUGUAAAUACUAACAACAACCAUCCAUCAUUUGUAGGAUUCGAUUUCAAACACGGCGGAUAUUUACUUCAGCUUGAAGCUCCACAAUCUUAUUCAGGUACAUUUUAUAACCCAUUAAACUUCACAUAUCUUUCGAGAUUUAAAGAAUUUGAUUAUGCUCCUGUGAGAUAUCCAGCAGUCAAAUGCAAGGAUGGAGAAGCAAUGAUUCCAAAUGAUGGGGUCUGUCAUCCUUAUAUUUGUAAUAGAUAUGAUAAUUUCACAUUGAUUACGACUGAUUAUGGAGAUUAUGAUGGAAAUUUAAUAAACAUCACGUGCACCAAAGAUGAUCCAAAUCGAACAAUGACGGUUAAACUUCCUGGAAAGAUUGAGAUUUACAUUAAUGUUACAUGUGUUGAUCCAGAGCUAUUUUGCAGAUCUGUAAAGUUAAGCGAUAUGCAUUUUGUUCGUGAUCCAUUCGAUCCAGAUUUGAGUGUCAAACAACUUGAUGAUCCAUAUUUAAAUACUGCAAAUUCAACUACUACUAAUACUACUGAAUCAUCAUCAGAGAAAGAUGGCAAAUCAAUAGUUCCAUAUGUAGCAGGAGGAGUUUCUGCUGCUGUUGUCAUUGUUAUUAUUGUUGUUGUAACUAUCGUUAUCUUGAAACGCAAAUCAAAUCAUGAAGAUAACGCUAACGAACAAGAAGUGUAA